CGGAUUUACCCAAGUCAACUGUCACGCAGGUGAGGUCUCGUCCUCUCCUGUACCUUCAGUGACUCGAGUGAUGAGAGAUGAAACAGAUCAAAAUGGCGGCUAGUGAUGACUUGGAGCAGCUGGCAGAAAUAGAACUUCAGAAGGAAGAGGAGGAGGAUAAAGAGGAUAUCCCUGAUGGCCCGUCGCCUCCUUCAGCCACCACAUUUGCUUCUGAUGCUUCACAUCCCUUUUAUGACGUGGCACGCCACGGCAUCAUCCAAGUCGCAGGUGAUGACAACUAUGGCAGGAAGUUGAUCACCUUCAGCAGCUGCUGCCUUCCUCCGUCUCAUGAACUGAACCACCGCCGCCUCCUGGAGUACCUGAAGUUCACGCUGGACCAGUAUGUUGAGAUGGACUACAUCCUGGUCUACUUCCACUAUGGUGUGCGGAGCAGCAACAAGCCGUCUCUGAAGUGGCUGCGAGAGGCUUACGCCGAGUUUGACAGGAAGUACGACUCCUCUAGUAGCUUCAGCACAAUAACCCUGCAGACAUUUGUUCACAUGGUUAGAAAAGAGGAGGAAAACUCCAAGACCCUUCGACAUUUGUGCAUGAAAGAUUUUUUGUCAUUUUUCUGCAGAUACAAGAAGAACCUGAAGACAUUGUAUGUCGUUCAUCCGACAAACUUCAUCCGAAUUGUUUGGAACAUUUUUAAGCCUCUCAUCAGUCACAAGUUCGGGAAGAAGCUGACGUACGUCAACUACCUGGCUGAACUCCGAGACCACCUGAACUGUGACCAGCUCAGCAUCCCACCAGAGGUCAUCAGGCACGAUGAAAGGUUGCGAGCCGCGCUGAAGGAUGGGCCCCCUCCUUCAGCUAAGGCUCCCCCACCCCGACCCCCCCUACCAUCGCAGCAAUUCGGAGUCAGUCUUCAGUACAUCAGAGAGAAGAACAGGGCCAUGAUCAUCCCUCCUGUCAUGUUUCAAACCGUCACAUACUUGAAGGAGAAAGGUCUUGAGACUGAAGGUAUCUUCAGACGCUCUGCUCAAGUCCAGGUCAUCAAGGACGUUCAGAAGCUCUACAACCUCGGGAAGCCGGUGAACUUUGACCUCUACUCGAAUGUCCACAUCCCUGCCGUGAUCUUGAAGACCUUUCUCAGAGAGCUGCCUGAACCUCUGCUCACCUUCAGGGUCUACAACCAAAUAUUGGAGCUGCUCAAUGUGGAGAGCAGCCUGCGAGCCUCCAGAUGUAAACAGAUCGUGGAAAGUUUGCCUGAACUGAACUUCAUUGUUGCCAAGUAUCUGCUGUGUUUCCUCCACAUGGUGUCCCAGCAGAGCAUCGUCAACAAAAUGAGCGCCUCAAACCUGGCCUGUGUUUUUGGGGUCAACCUGGUGUGGCCUCGUCAGGGCUCCAUCGCCCUCAGUGCUCUGACCCCUAUCAAUAUCUUCACCCACAUCCUCAUCGAGCAUUAUCACAGCGUCUUUGGCUCUCGCUGCCCCCCCAACCAGGUCACUCCCUGACUCGGCUCUGGCGCCACCGUGCGGGCCGAACAAAGGAUCAACUUUAUUUUCAUCUCUGCUUUUGGUUAUGCGGCGCCACCUGCUGCUCUCCCGGACAGUACUAGCUGGUGGUGUGUGAUUUUCUUAACUUGGAGACCAUUGUUUUACUUCGAUGAAACCACUUUCUGAUUGGCCAAACCAGUCAUGUGACCUUCUUCCACCUCCAUUUUCUCGAUGUUGGAUAUAUUGUCCUGCAUUGAUGCCAUUGUUUUUAGCUUUACUUGGACUCUGCUUCCUUAAACGUCAUGUUUUCAGAAGGGGAGCAGCCGUGCACUUCUAGUGUUGCGAAUGUGAAUAGAAUGUGAAUCUUAAUCUGCAGACGUGUUUGGUCAGCCUGUCUGUGCCUGGUCAAACCUAUUUAUUUUGUAUUAAUGAUGAGACUUUUACCAAACUUUAUUUUACUAAGUGUUUUAAUAUUGAGUCUAGAUGUUACUUCAAUGACCAAACACUAAAUGGUCGUCUCCUACUCACCAGUCAAUUAUGAGGAGUUGAUGUUUAUAUUCCAAAGUUCAAAUUCAAACCAGUAGGAAAAGUUUGGUACCACAACCUUGACAUUGGAGUUUCUCUCAGAUCUGGCUCGCUGGAACUUUCUGGAAUCCAACUCGGAUCAUGUAGACAACAACCAGUGUUGGUCAACCCAACAGUUCAGUUCUCCUCAUCAUCGGUUCCUCAUGAAAACAUGUAACAUUCCACUUGUAGUGGAGAAUUAUUCCACCACAAUAACUGCUCAAUAGUUUCCCCUGUUCCAAUUUUUAUCAUUCAAUCACUCACUGUUUGCAAAAGCAAAAGCCACAUUUACUUUGACAUCUAUGUCUGUCACAAGAAAUUGAGCUGAGAUUAUUUUUAACUAUGUUCCUGUUUUCAUCAUGACAACACCUGAAAUGCAAACCUCGUUUUUACACACACAACACAACUGCAAUGUAUGUUCCUAAUGACCUCAAUUGACGGUUGCCAAUAAAGA